GAUAGUUUUUUUGUUUAAAGCAAGAAAAUUUCACGAUUGUUGUGGCUCGCGAAGCUAAAUUGCGUGUUUGAACUGUAGAAUUUCGGCUAAAAAUAAUAACUUCCGCAUGAGCAUUCUAAAUGUCUGUACUGGUUUCGCCGUGCUUGCUUAAAAUCGAAAUCGUUGACGACGAAAACGGCGCAAUGAGUGCCACCGACGGGGACAAUGAUUCGGCCGGUGCCGUCUCGACGGAACAUCCGACCAACCCGCGACUGCAGCGCGACAUGCGAGGUCAACGCAAGCCCAAGAAGAUCACCAUCGAGUCCUACCGGAACCGGCUGGACUCGGACGAAUCGCGCGGGGUGCUACCGAAGAGUUCCCGCGAGCAGACCCCGAUGGACGAAACGCCGCCGCCGCCGCCCCUGUCCGCGCAGGAGUUCCCGGGCGAGAUUGCGUUCUUUUCCGGCAACCCGUUCGUCGAGGUGACCAAGGGCAUCCUGCAUCUGUACAAGCGGAACGAACGAGCCGAUCGGACGGACGAUCUUUCGCGGACGAUUUGUCUGAUUGCGGUUCCGUCGUCGCUCAACUGUCACGACAUCCUGAACUUCAUUGCGCCGUGCCACUCGGUCAUCCAGCAUGUGCGCAUUCUACGGGACGGUUCCCCCAAUCAGUUUAUGGUCCUGUUGGAGUUCCGUUGCGUUGAGGCGGCCGUCGAAUUCUACCAGACGUUUAAUGGGGCGCCGUACAACAGCUUGGAGCCGGACUCGCUGUGUCACGCCGUUUGGGUGUCCGGCGUGGAGUUUGGCGAUGACGGGCUGGCUCCGCAGGGUCAUACCGAACUGCCGACCUGUCCGGUUUGCCUGGAGCGAAUGGACGAGAGCGUCGACGGCGUGUUGACCAUUCUGUGCAACCACGCGUUCCACGCCGGUUGUCUCAUAAAGUGGGGCGACUCGACCUGCCCUGUGUGUCGUUGCAUCCAAACGCCAGAACUCGCGGAAACUUCCGUCUGCAUGGAGUGUGAAGGCACGGAAGCGCUCUGGAUUUGUCUGAUUUGCGGACACGUCGGGUGUGGUCGGUAUCAGGGAGGCCACGCGGCGUCCCAUUACCGCUCAACCAACCACACUUACGCCCUCCAGCUGGGAACGAAUCGAGUUUGGGAUUACGCCGGAGACAACUUCGUUCACCGGCUCCUACAAAGCAAGUCCGACGGCAAACUGGUCGCGACCCAGUCUCCCGGUAACGACGGAGAAGAGAAAAUCGACUCGAUGCAGCUGGAGUUCACCUAUCUGCUCACCUCCCAGCUGGAUGCCCAGCGAGAAUACUACGAGGACAAGCUGAUCCGGAUGGAGUCGAGCAUUGUGGGCGAAAAGCAAAAGCUAGCUCAAGAAGCGGAGCAAAUCAAAAAGAAGAAUGUCAUCUUGGAAGGGAAACUGCAAGCACUGGGCAAGGAGAAAACGACGCUGGAGAAGAAAGUGAACCAGCUAUCGGCGAAGAUGACCACCGUCAUGAAAGAGCUGUCCGAGGAGCAACAGUUUGGCAAAACUCUCCAAGCAAACCAAUCUUCCUGGCAGAGCAAAUUUUCGGCGCUGGAGAAAAAGUGCACCGAAAAGGAGCAGGAGGUAACCGAGCUGAAAGAGCAAGUACGUGAUCUCAUGUUCUACCUGGAGGCCAAGAACAAAAUCGAAGCCUCCGAAUUGAAAGAGGAAAUCGAGGGCGCCUCGCUGGAAGUGCCCAAGGGUUCUUCCAAGAGGCGCUCCAAGAAGAAGUGAAGAGCUUUAUCUACGUGUUUUAUGGCUUUUGAUGAAUCAACUCCAUGUUUCUAGCUGUGUAGCGCUGUUUCUUCUUUUCAAAUUGUGAUUGUGAUAUUUGCUUAUCCACGGACAAGAUAAAAUAUAUACUCUUCGGGCUUAAACGUUC